ACACAUGCACACGCACACACACACACACACCCCAAGAGGCUUGCUUACAGGUGCCACUGUGGUAACCCCUUCAGUUCCUGUCACAUUCCUUCAAAUUUGUCAUGUGUGACUUUUUGUGCCUGAAAUUCCUGUCAGGAAAGAGGAAUGAUUUCCUCUUGAAAAAAGGAAUCACUUCCUGUUAUUAUUUCCUUCCUCAUUGUCUGGCUUUAUUUUUUGCAUAUUCUUUUUGUUCUUUGACAGAAAUAAGAAUGCUUUAGUAGCCUUUUCAGAGUCCUCUAGCCAGAUCAUCAACAAUAGUUCUGAUUGGAAUAAAUUGACAUCAGUAACCACUGAGGAAGUCUCCAGCAAAAGCCCUGCACCAAGUGAACUGAGCACAGUAUCUUCUGACAGCUUCUACGAUGCCAACCCUGCACCAAGUGAACUGACCACAGUAUCUUCUGAAACCUUCUACGAUGCCAACUGUGACUCAAAUGAGUCGAAAACUAUAACCCAUGUUAGACCCAUGCCUGAAAGAAUAAAGGAACAACUCUCCAGGCUCGAUAAUGGUACUGAGGACACUGACUUGUCUGAUUCUUGUGGCCAAGAGAUUAAGAAAGUUAUACGCUUAAUUGUAUCAUCUUUCAUAAUCAGAAUAUUUGGAAUCUUGCUCGUCUUUGUGGACAUGUCUCUUAUCAUCGCAGAUCAAUUCAUCUCUGAUAGCAAAGUGUAUAUUCCUUUGGAAUAUCGUUCAAUUUCUUUAGCUAUUGCUUUAUUUUUUUUAAUGGAUGUUCUUCUUCGAGUAUGUGUAGAAGGGAUGCAACGAUAUUUCUCUGAUUUACUUAACUCCUUAGAUGCUGUCAUUAUUCUGCUGACUCUACUGAUUGAUAUAAUUUACAUUUUUUAUACUUUAGUUAUUUUAAUGAUAUCCCCAG